AUGGAUAAGGACGGCAGUGCGGACCAGCCCGCCGUCGGGCACGAGGUGCUGCCGCAGCGGCAGCGCCGGCGGGCUCGGGAACGCCCCGCCAAGCGCGCCCGGCGCGACGAGGGCCCGUCGGGCGAGCACGCCGCCCCGUCUGACUCGCCUGCCGUCAGCGACGUCGCACACAGGAUACACGACACGCGCGUGGACUCCCCCGCCCCGCAAGGCGCGGAAGUCCGCGGCGACGGCCCCGGAGACGCCGCGGCGGGGCCGUCCGGCGGCGGCGAGGGCGCCACGCUGCGGUGGAGCACGCUGCCUGAGUACAGGAAGGGGUCUGUCAACGGUAUGAAUUUCGAGUAUUUGGAUCACACGGCCGACAUCCAGGUGCACUCGUGGGGCAAGCGGCUCGAAGAGGCGCUCGAGGGCGCGGCGCUCGGGAUGUUCAACUACAUGUCGGACCUGCAAUUCGCGACAAUAGACCCCUCCAUGACCAGGGAGAUCGAGGCGACCGGGCACGACGCGUCGUCGCUGCUGUUCGGUUUCCUCGACGAGCUGCUGUUCACGUUCCACACGGAGAACCUGCUGGCGAAGCGCGUCACGGUCACGGAGCUGCGUCGCGGGGGGGAGUCGUGGGCGGUGCGCGCGCGAGUGGAGGGGGAGGCGUUCGACCGCACGCGGCACGAGAUCGGCACGGAGGUCAAGGCGAUCACGUACAGCGCGAUGCAGAUCAUCGACGAGCCGGACAACGCCGAAAUAUUCGUCAUUCUAGACAUAUGA